CCCGGUGACAUGGCGGUCCAUGCACACCGUUGGAGUAAGCUCGUGCUCCUCUCGGUCGUGCACACGGCGCCGAAAGUCCGAGAGAGAUCGGCCGCCGCGCUGGAGAUCGGAGUUCCCGCCAUGAUGCCACAGCAAGAGGCGGUCGUCGCAGGGCUGAUCCCUGAGUUAAAAUCUACCCUAAUACCAGAGCUGACCAAGUUGUUCAAGCCAAACCAGGAGGAGUUUGUUCUGAAAGUGUGGGGGAGUAUCAUUACACUACUGGGAAAGUCUAUCCACAAGGGUGGCAGUGUUAUCAACGGAUUACUGGGUAUCGUAGAGCAGGGAUUCAAGAGUGCGUACAUCGACACCCGGGUGGCGUCCUACGUCGCCUGGAAGCACCUCAUCAACAACUUUGCAACCAACCCAGACACGAUCUCCAACGCCAAACGUCUGAAGCUCCUGCUGCAGCCCCUACUGAUGAACAGCACCAAACAGGAGUCUGUAGCUGUGGUGCGACUGGACACCUGGUGGCACCUGGCGCAGACACUCGGCACCAAUCUCCCACCCAACUUUGAACAGGUUUGUGGUCCCCUACUACAGUUCACCCUAGGUCUCACACCAGGCCUCCCUACCCCAGCCACACCAGCAGGAGGCAAGAUGCUGCUUGCAACAACUCCUCAGAGGAGAGGAUCCUUCCCUGCACCAAACCCAGCCACGCCGAGGACACCUGGUGUGGGAGGGGGGCAUCCACCCAGCAAGGCCAUCCAACUGAUAGGGGCUGAGAUCCUGCUCCACCUACUGGGCAAAACUGGUACUGCAGCUGCUGCUAAGCUUACUCUGGCCCCCCUGCAUGAAGAGUUGAUUACGUCACCAGCCUUCUUCAUCAAACAUGCGGAAACUUUCAUCCGAGCCACUCAGGAGGCCAUGUGUGCCAUCGGCUCAGACCUGCAGGAAGUGGUAGUGCUGAACAUCUGGAGUUCUCUGACUGGACACAUAAGACAGGCACUGCAGGAAGGGCCCAGAAAAGACUCGCAGAUUUCCGACAUGUUCUCCCAGUAUCUCGCCUGUACACAAGAAGUUGUGGCCUCUAGGAAACUCAGGGCUGGUGUUAUGUUGAAACUCCUAGAAGAGGUCUCUAGCCUCCCCCAGAAGGUGUUGAGUUCCACGUCUUACUGUCACGGAGGCUCCAAGGAUGUCAUGAACGGAACACCUGCUCUAGUUCUGCUACAGUUGUUACUGGAAAGUCCGGACCUGAUUCAGGCCUGUAGCACUGAGGAGAGGUAUUUCACAGUGUUCCAAAGCCUGGUGUCCUGUGGUGCCAGCAGACCGACAUCCUUCCUGGGGUUCUCACAGUCAGUCCUACAGAAUUUAGACAAAACUGCCGGGUAA